GAAUUGAGAAAAAAUAGUUAUAAAAGUUAUUUAAUAAUAGAAAAGAAAUAAUUUUUAAUUAAUGAUCUCAAUGUAAAACAUAGAAGACACAACGUCGCUGAAUCGAAUAUCGAGUGAUGAAGAUGAAUAUUUAGAAAGUCCAUUAAACAAUUAGAAAGUUGAAGAGAUAGAACAAUAAUCAAUUAAAUAAUGUGAUGAUGAUUAGUCGAUAAGUGAAAUGGCAAUAGAAAUGUGUUUUAAUAGACAUAUUGAUUAAAGAAUAAAUGACAUAGCAGUGUUAUAAAAUCAUGCUAAUGAAAUCACAUAAAAGAUGAUGAAGAAUGUAAAGUGUGCAUUUUAGAGAGAAAUUAUAAAGGAACUGGUAUCUAAAUAAAAGAAAAGAUUUAAAUUGGACGGUUAUAAUUUGGAUUUAACUUGUAAGUAAAUAAUACUUAUCGAGAUAUCACGGGUAAUAUGAUUGCGAUGGGUUUUCCUGCAGAGAAUUUCGAAGCUAUAUACAGGAAUCCCAUGUCAGAAGUGUAAAGAUUCUUAAAUUCAAGACAUACAAAUAAUUAUAUGGUCAUAAAUUUGUAAAUUUAGAUUGCUACCUAGAUGUUCAGAAAGAAAGUAUAAGCAUGAAUCUUUCUUUAAAGUGGCUGAAUUUCCAUUUGAUGAUCAUUAAGCACCUCCUUUUAAUUUGAUAGUAGAAUUUUGUACAACUGUUCAUGAUUGGUUAUAAUCUGAUCCUAAUCAUGUUAUUGCAGUUCAUUGUAAGGCAGGUAAAGGAAGAACAGGAGUGAUGAUUUGUUGUUAUUUGUUAUAUAGUGGUAAGUAUUAUUCAAGCUAGGAUGCUUUAGUUUAUUAUGGUCUAGUUCGUACUUUGAAUUAAAAAGGAGUUACUAUUCCAAGCUAGAUUAGAUAUGUACAUUAUUUUAGUUUUGCUCUCAAAAAUGAUUUAAUCAAGAAACCAUUUCUUUAAGUUGAGUUAUAUUCAGUUAGAUUGAUUGGUUUAGCUUAUGGAACAUUGAUUCGAUUGUAAAACAAUAGUAAAUAAUUAAUUGAAAAAGCACAAAUCAUAUCAGAAAAAGAAAUCAUCUUUGCUUUUGAUGGUAUCUAUCUAUAAGGAGAUGUUUUGUUAUAAAUAUUCUAAAAAUCAAUUGUAUCAGAAUCAAAAAUUUUAUAAAUUUGGUUUAAUACAAAUUUUGUGUCUUUGUCUCCAAAUAAAUAGAUUUUUCAGGCUUCGGAAAUAGAUUUAAUGAAAAAAUCUAAAAAAAAAAACUCAUAGAAUAUAGAAUUAGAACUAUUACUUGAUAAAACUGUAGAGAUCAGAAAAAGAUCAAAUUGUUUAUCUAAAGAUAUAUGAAAAUAUAUUAAC